AUGCCUAUGGAACUGCGCAAGCGCAAGGCGCCCGCUGCUCCCCCGGCGCCGACGGCCAAAAAGCCCAGCAAGGCGGCCAAGAUCGCUUCCGAGACCAAGGAAAAGGUCAAGGAGAAGGCGGCUGAAGCCGUCGGCAGCGCCAAUGGCUCCACCAGCAAGCCCACCGUUGGCGAUAUCAUCACCCUCGACGGCUUCGGUGGUGAGAUCGAGACCAACGACGGCACCAAGACGACCCUCAAGGCUCUCGUCGAUGAGAGCAAGGCCGGCGUAGUGCUCUUCACCUACCCGAAGGCCUCCACUCCAGGGUGUAAGUCACAAGCCUGCCUCUUCCGCGACGCCUACACCGCCCUGACGGGCGCCUCGGGCCUCGCCAUCUACGGCCUGUCGACAGACUCGCCCAAGGCCAACACCACCUUCAAGGACAAGCAGAAGCUGCCCUACCCGCUGCUGUGCGACCCGCAAGCGAGCCUGAUCGGCGCCGUCGGGCUCAAGAAGGCGCCCAAGGGCACGACCCGCGGCGUGUUUGUCGUCGACAAGGCGGGCAAGGUGCUCGCUGCGCAGGCUGGCACUCCCGAGGGGACGGUGAAUGUUGUGAAGGGGAUUGUUGAGUCGUUGAGU